AUGAUGCUGAACGACAGUUGGACGGCGAUGAACAACAGCAGCUCGGAGCUCGGCGGCAAAACAAGAAACACACGCAAGAAAUGCUGCAGCUUUCUUUUAUGGGCGGUCCUGGUGGUCGCCGUGGUCGCGGUCGUCACGGCAACGGUCGUCAUCCUCUACGUCAACAACUAUCCGCUGCCCUUCGUCAACAGAGGUGAAGCGUCCCGGACAUCUCCUGUCAUCUCCACCAAUCCCAAAGAGUCAGGUGCCUUGGUGACGGUGUCGCAGGCGGGUGAAGGCGACGGCAUCAGCAUCUUCCUUGACCCCAACUGUCCGGACCCCACUUUCCACCUUGAGCGCUGGGAGGCACUUCAGAGCUCGCUGGCGCGAGCGCUGAGCUCGCACAACAGCGAAGACCGGCAGGAAAUGGCCCAUGUGCGCGCGCUGACCGAGGACGCCGCGGCAGGACACCUCCGACGUGAGACGCAUGCCCUCAAGAACGGACAAGCUGUUCUGGAACAGAGACUGGAACACCUAAAGAACCAACAGAACCGAAUUGCUCAGGUGUUGUCCGACGAGCACGCAGUGGUCCUCAAGCUCAGCUCGGCGUUGACCGAUUCCUUGUCCGGCCUUCGGAGGGACACCGAAAGCCUCGGCAGACUGCACCUAGACAAACGCAAAGUGCCGAGAGACUGCAGCGAGGUCCUGUCAGGGGGAAAUUCCCGAGACGGCGUCUACUCCAUCUUUCCUGUCCACGAGCCCGCCGGCUUCAUGGUUUAUUGCGACAUGAGCACCGACGCAGGGGGAUGGACCGUGAUCCAAAGAAGACAGGAUGGCUCCGUCAAUUUCUUUCGCGGUUGGGAAGCAUAUCGAGACGGCUUUGGAAAAACCACAGGAGAGCACUGGCUAGGCCUACAGCGGAUCUACGCCUUGACCCGCUCGGGCGGUUACGAGUUGCGAAUCGACAUGGCUGACUUUGAAAACGCUACGGCCUUCGCCAAUUAUGCCGAAUUCUCCGUGGGCCGAGACUCGGUCAACCCCGAAGAAGAUGGCUACCCCCUGGACGUGGACCGCUACUCGGGAACCGCAGGCGAUUCGCUCCUGAAGCAUUCAGGCAUGGCUUUUACCACCAAAGACCGGGACCUGGACCAGUCGGAGAACAACUGCGCCACGUACUACCAGGGGGCCUGGUGGUACCGCAACUGUCACACGUCCAACUUGAACGGCCGGUACCUGGGUGGAGCCCACGCCUCUUACGCCGAUGGCGUGGAGUGGUCCAGUUGGACGGGAUGGCAGUACUCGCUGAGAUUUACCGAGAUGAAGAUACGGCCUCGGCCUAAAGCCACCUAA